AUGUCUUUGCUCAACAACUUGAUCUCUAAAGCUUCACAGCUAUCAAUUUUCGACAAACAGCCAACAGAGAAGCGACUUAGUAAAGACGAGUUGUUUUGCAACGAGUAUCAUAUAAGCCAGGGAGAAACCAUUGUAGAUGAGUGUGCUGCAGAAUUGGCGAUUGAGAAUAGUUUCAAUAAGAAUUUCCCCGAAGUACCACUGGAAUCAAAUCUAAGUCAAUUGCGUUUUCUUUCUGGUAAAGUGUAUCUUUCACAGCAUUUCCUAAUAUUCAGAGACACAUAUGACAGACAAUCCGGAUGCCUAAAACUUCAUUUAUCCAUGGUCAAACAACUGAAACGUCUUCCCAGUCGGAAUUAUCUCUUUCUUUUGAGCAUCUUGACGUAUAACGACCUACGCAUCACGAUUCAGUUUGUUGGAAUUCGGUCACAUUGUGAACAAUUUAGUUACAACCUGAAAACGUGCUUGACAAAAAAUUUGAAAGCUACUCCAGAAUUGGUCCCAUUUCUGGAAACCCUCUACAGUGAGUUCCUACUAAGCAAGAAUGGUAGCAGCAGGAUGGACAUUGUGACCCCUCCUCCCGGCGGUCUGGGACUAAUUUUCAAAUUUCCGGGGGAUCCUGUGAAACUUCAAAAUAGAAUCAAGACAAAGGCUUGGUGGAAUUAUUUGAAAAGAAACGGUCGCAACCUGUGUAUCAACUUUGACAAGAGUUUUCUUCGACUCAUAAAUGUCGGUUUACCCAACAGAUUGCGAGGGGAAAUAUGGGAGUUGAGUUGUGGUUCCAUCUACGACAGAUAUAUGAACUCCCACGAAUAUACCGACCUACUAGCUAAAAACCAAGGGAAAAGUUCAAUUGCCAUUGAUGAAAUUGAAAAAGAUUUGUACCGAUCUUUACCCGAAUACAAUGCAUAUCAGAAUCCAGAGGGAAUUAAUCGCUUAAGAAGAGUAUUAACUGCUUAUUCAUGGAAAAAUCCGGAAAUCGGUUAUUGCCAAGCAAUGAAUAUUGUGGUUGCUGCCAUGUUGAUUUACAUGUCUGAGGAUCAGGCAUACUGGUGUCUAGACAAGCUUUGUGGACAGAUCAUUCCUGGAUAUUACUCCAAGACCAUGUAUGGCGUUCUGCUGGAUCAGAAAGUUUUUGAAAGUUUAGUUGAGAAAACACUUCCAAUGAUGCAUCAGCAUUUCAACAAGCACGAUAUUCAGCUGUCGAUUGUCUCUUUACCAUGGUUUAUGUCUUUAUUUCUCAACACGAUGCCGUUGAUUUAUGCCUUCAGAAUAAUGGACAUUUUCUUUUUAAAUGGUCCAAAAACAUUGCUGCAGGUUGCGUUAGCUGUUGUGAAGAUAAACGGGGAGAAGCUGCUGGAAUGUGAAGACGAUGGUGAAUGCAUCGCAGUAUUCAAAGAUUUUUUUCACAGUCUAGAUGAGCAUAUUCCUGAUAUUCAUUACAAGAACAAGACCAGGUUCCAGGAGCUACUGGUAGUUGCUUUCAGAGAGUUCUCUCAUAUUUCUGACGAGACCUUUGUACAGUAUCGAACUAAGAAUAGAAAUGAGGUUAUUUCUGGAAUAGAAUCUUAUCUGAAAAAGGCCCAAUUGAGAAAACUACCUAAAACUCCAAACUUGAAAGAGGAACACUUAUCGAAUGUUUAUGAUAGAUAUGUCUCAGUACUGAACAACAACUAUGUGGAAGUUGGAUCUGAUUCCUCAGUUAUGAAUUUCAAAAUGUUUGCCAAGUUCAUGGAUGGCCUUGUUGACUGGAUAAACCUAGAAGAGAAAGAAAACAUUGCUCAACAAAAGAGUUUUUUGAUUAAAUUAUUUAAAAACUGGAGGUCGGAUGAAGAAACCGGACUCACAUUGGAGAAUAUCGCCGUUGGAAUGAAUAAACUGAUGGAACAUGAUCUUAUGACCUCUAUAUCUAACUUUUUUGAGAUAUACGACGUUAACGGCACAGGGAAAGUUGAUCGUGACGGCAUAUUGCAAAUUUCUGAAGAUCUAAUUUUCUUGACCACACCAUGGAGGGACGGAUAUCUUUUUGACGAGAUAACAAACAAAGCAAUAGAAUCAAAAAUUGCCGAAAAGAUAGUUGAGAAGAGGAAGAAUUUUGACUCCUCAGAUGAGAUCAGUAUUCCAUCGGAAAUGAAUUUUGAUAAGGAAAAGUGGGUUCAUGAGCAAUCCCAGAGGUAUCUUUCUUUGACUAGUAACUUUUUGCAUCGAGCUUUCGAAUACGCAUUACCAGAGGAGGAGAACGUUGAUUUGAUUGAGUUGGAAGAAAGUGAGGGAUCUGAAAAGAAAUCUGUUAUAGCUAAUCCUGCGUUGAACCCUUCAGCACCCGUAUACUUGAACCUGCCAACUUUUAGAAUGGUUGUUUUGGCUGACGAAACCUCCGAACUUUUUUUCACCAGAACAUUUAAGCAGUCAAUUCACUUGGAUCAAAAGGUAGAAAAGGGCUCUACCAAUGUUCGUGACUUAUUUAACAACAUCCUGGCUGAUGGGCGUAGGGUUGCAGUUGAAGUUCGCCGAAGAAUAAACUCCGAUCACACUUCUAGAUCUAGCGAGAAAAGCCAGGGAAGCAACACUGGAGCUUACAAUGAAGAGGAUGACGAUUUCACAGCUAAUGAUAACAAUGAGGAUAAUGAUUACCUGUUGAACAAUGCUGAGGCAAAUGUUCUGAAUGAUAGCAUCCCAGUUGAGAAGGGAGAUAAAGCAUUCUUACAGCAUAUUGACCACCAAAUCGGUUCUGACCAAGAAGGAGAAAAGGUGAUCGAUUUUUAA